AUGCUUAGAACCCGUCCUAAGGCGCAGUGGCUUUCUUCUUGCCUGCGCGAGCAGAUGGGAGCGUCACAGUUGCCGGUAGACUCGUGCGCCGAGAAAUGCUUUGCGCAGCUCCUCGCUGCCGAUUUCAAUCUCGUCACCGAUGCUGUGCUUCCUCCAGGGAUCCAGGCGAUGCACAAAGUGGAGCUAGCGGGCCCAUUCGUUCUACAAGUAGAUGAAACGGUGGACAUUUGCUGCGGCCUCAAGGAUCGCUACCAGGAAAGAAAUGCUGGAAUUGGAAGUCGAUGCUUGAAGCUAUCCAUGACUGACGGUGCUCAACGAGUUUUUGGCAUUGAGUAUCGUCCUAUCCCACAGCUCAAAGUGUUACAACCAGCUGGUUUGAAGAUUUGCGUAAGGAAUGUCUGCAUUCGGAGAGGGAUGUUUCUUCUCGUCCCAGAAAUUGUUACUGUUCUAGGAGGUGUUGUCCAAGAGCUUGAAGAGGCUCGACAGAGAGUGGUAAAUCAAGUAAACAAACCUCCUCGGGGAAACAGGCACCCGCGUGGUACUACUCCACCAUCGUUGGAAGAGCAACUUACACAAGCUGCCUGGCCCCGAACUCCUGACGUCCAAGAAAACAAUGGCGCUGCAGCCAAUCCUGGAAGUGAGCAGCAACCUUCUUCGACUGUUCGUGAUCAUCCAGUGACUGUGUUUGCU